AUGAUGGGUGAAGAAGGGAAGGAGGAGGAGGAGAAGGCAGAGGAGGUGAUGGAGGAAGAGAAUGGUGGAGGAAGAGAACUGGAGGAGGCUGUCUUGGAGCUGAGUGACCUCCAUUCUGAUCUCAGUGACUGUCACAAGUCUCUCGCUUAUCUCCACAAGUUCAUUAAGGUGGUGAGUGAGCGGCGGCUGGAGUCGUUGGCUGGCCACGCCUGGGACCUGCUAGACCUGCUGCUCCUGGUGUGGCGCCUCGGACGACGACACGGCAUCAGCGGCAAGGUGCAGUUGAUCUUGGAGUCAGCAGUGGAGAGUCUGGUGGAACUGGUGACCCAUGAACUGCGCCCAGUCAAUCUCCUGCCCUCUAGCAUGAGGGAACCACAGCCUUUCUUGGUCAGAAUUUAA